AUGGUGCUCUACAACUUCAAGCAGAUCCAGUCCGUGCCUACGGGCCAGGACUUCAUCGAUAUCGCUCUCUCGAAGACGCAGCGGAAGACGCCGACGGUGGUCCACAAGCACUAUGCCAUCGCGAGGAUUCGCCAGUUCUACAUGAAGAAGGUCAAGUUCACCCAGCAGACCUACCACGACAGGCUCACCCAGAUCCUCGAAGAUUUCCCCGUGCUGGAUGACAUCCACCCGUUCUACGCUGAUUUGAUCAACGUCCUGUACGACAGGGACCACUACAAGCUCGCGCUUGGUCAGCUUAACAUCGCCCGUCAUCUCAUCGACAACUUGUCGAAGGACUAUGUCCGCCUCCUGAAGUUCGGUGACUCUCUGUACCGAUGCAAGCAGCUCAAGAGGGCCGCCCUCGGAAGAAUGUGUACCCUCAUGAAGAAGCAGGGUCCCUCUCUGGCCUACCUCGAGCAGGUGAGGCAGCAUUUGGCCCGUUUGCCCUCCAUCGACCCCAACACCAGGUCAAUGAUUCUCUGCGGCUAUCCCAACGUGGGUAAGUCGUCCUUCAUGAACAAGCUCACUCGCGCCGACGUCGACGUGCAGCCCUACGCCUUCACCACCAAGUCGCUCUUCGUGGGUCACACCGACCACGAGUACAUGCGCUUCCAGGCUUGCCAAAAGCUGCUCGACCAGCGUAUCGAUCAGAAGCUGGCCACCGUGAAGCAGGACGACGUGCUGCGUCGCCUCCACGUCGCCACCCCGNUCCCCCGCGACAGCCGGCAGAGGAAGCCCGUCAUCCCCAAGUCAGUCGUGCAGAAGCGCCAGCUCAAGAAGGAGGGCGCCGAGGAGAUGGAGCGUGAGGUGACCUCCAACGCCAUCGACCUCGUACACAAGAACAGGUGGCUCAUGGCCGAGGACCCCGACUGGGACCCCACCGUGUUCGGCCCCGACCUGAGGAACCAGUUCAUGCUGGCCAACGACGAGUGGAAGUUCGAUAACAUCCCGGAGAUCAUGAACGGCAUGAACGUGUUCGACUACAUCGAUCCCGACAUCCUGGUCAAGCUGCGACAGCUGGAGAAGGAAGAGGAGGAGCGACUGGAGAACGAAGCGGGCGAGAUGGAGGAGGAGCAGCCCUUCGCCUGA